AGAGGCUUAAAAGUUUGUUAUCAACAGAAUCCGCGACCGAAGAGGAAGAAAGGACCAAAGAGAGACGAUCAGGGGAGACUCGCGACUUGCUGCUGCGACGCGUGAUUGAACAAGGAGAACAAGCUGCUGAAUUCGCCUGGACCGCAGCCGCUGCUCAACCUCACGACCGACACAAGGGACCACAAACAUCCCCAAGAUGUUGCCCCUUUGCCCCCGCUUAUCCUCGAUUGAACACGCCCUAACCCUAAUUUAAGAGGCUAUGAAUAGCUGCUGACGAAGAUCGAGCUUAAUUUUGGGGCAGGUAUAGAACAAAAUCGAGCCUCCAUCCCGAAUUCAAAAAAAAAAAGAGAGAGAUCAGAGAGGGAAAUCUGGGGAAUUAGGCGGCCUAAAUCUAACCUCCCAAUCGGAGCAGCAGUAGAAGCGAAGAUCGGCACUGGCUAACAGUUAGAGUUCAACCGAAGGUUUUGUUUAAAGAUGGAUGCUGGAGAAGCUGUCACUGUUCCUGAAAGCAAUGAAACUGAACAUCAAGUAGUGACACUGCAGGAAGAAAUCUGUGAUGUUAUAAAGAACAAUUCAACUACAAUAGAAGGAGAAAACAGCAUUGGAGUUUUAAAAGAGGCUGUGAAUCAUGUCACAACUGUUGUUGAAACGAAACAGAACGAUAAAACAGCAAUUGAUGGGGUAGAAAAGCUUAAAGAAAGCUGUGAGAAUGUAGAAGAAAAGGAUGGACCAGAUGGUAAUAUAGUUGCAACAAUAGAAGAUGCAAAAAGAGUUCCCAAUAAUGUCACAACUGCUGUCGAAGGGCAAGAAAUUGACAAAACUGCAACAGAUGUGGUAGACAAGCUUGAGGGAAACAGUAAGGAGGUGGAAGGAGUGAAUGCAAAUAAUUCUGAUGCAGGUCCAACAGAAGAAAAGGCAAAAUAUAAUAAUUCUGAAGAAGUAGAUGAGGUUGAAGACAUGGACAAUGAUGAGGUUGAAGAGAAUGAGGAGGUGGAGGAGGGUAAACAUGACGAAAAUUCUACACAAAUAAAGGACAAAGGAGAAACAGUAUCUGGAGAUGCUAACGAAGAAGAUGUCAAUGUAAAUUCUGAAAAAAAGGUUGAUGAGGAAAAUACCAUACUAGUUAAAAGGGAUAAAGAAUCAGUUGUAGUUGUUGGUAGUAAGAUGGAUGAAAAGCUGGGGGGAAAUUGUAGAAAGAAGAAUGAGAACAAGGGAACUAAAACUGGAAAUAAACCCACUCUGAAGGCAAAUCCUAAAACACCAGAAUCUGGAAAGAAAAGGAAGGUUUCAGAUAAACCAUCUCCAAAAGAUGAAGGUAAGCAAGAAUCUGGAAGGAAGAAUGAGAAUAAGGGAACUAAAACUGGAAAUAAACCCACUCCAAAGGCAAAUCCUAAAACACCAGAAUCUGGAAAGAAAAGGAAGGUUUCAGAUAAACCAUCUCCCAAAGAUGAAGGUAAGCAAGAAUCUGGAAAGAAGAAUGUGAAUAAGGGAACUGAAACUGGAAAUAAACCCACUCCGAAGGCAAAUCCUAAAACACCAGAAUCUGGGAAGAAAAGGAAGGUUUCAGAUAAACCAUCUCCCAAAGAUGAAGAUAAGCAAGAAUCUUCUCCCCCCAAGAGGACUGCAGCAGAAAAGAUUGUUAAGGCUGGAUAUGAUGCAGGACCGUCCAAUAAGGAGAAUAAACCUAAGGGAAAAGGUGACGCAAAAGAUGGAUUAGAUCCGUUAGUCAAGAAUAUGGUCACAAACCAAAACAAUAUAACAAAAAAUGAUGAUAUUUAUCAGAAAAUAAUGGAUGAAGCUCAAGAUGGGACAGGAUUGUCAGAAAAUAAGAACGUGUCAAAUGGAAAGAAAAAAUCAGAAGACACGCCAGGUUCGUCAAAGAAGAAAAAUAUAUCAAAAGGUAAGUUUGUUGUAGACGAGAAAGCAGGUACAUCAAGCAAAACGAAGCAAAUGGGGAUGAUAUUUAUGUGCAGCUCAAAGACGAAGAAAGACUGCUACAGCUACAAGGUUCUUGGAUUGCCUGCAGGCAAGAAGGAUAUAGUUCAGAAGAUAUACAAAGGGAUGAGGCUUUUUCUAUUUGACUUGGAUCUGCGGGUGAUGUAUGGUAUUUAUAAAGCUGCAGGACCCGGUGGUUUCAACAUUGAACCCAAAGCCUUCAAGUCAGCAUUUCCAUCUCAGGUCAGAUUCAAAAUUCAGCAUGAUUGCGAGCCUCUGGGGGAGGAAAAGUUCAAAAAAGUCAUCAAAGACAACUAUUAUUAUAAGAAUAAAUUCAGUGGUGAAUUGAAUUCUGAACAGGUGAACAAUUUGUGCAAGCUUUUUCAAGCUAAAAGCAGAAAAUCCAAGUCUGAGUUUGCAAGAGACAUCAAACCUAAAAGAAACAGAGUAAGAGGAAACCGAAACCAAGACCAAGACCAAGACCGAAGAAUUAGGUCACAGCUGUAUCCAGAUGAGGAGAGACGAGGACAUGCAGUACGUCCUAACCACCACCAUCAACAUGGGUAUGAUGGGCGUUCUGCUGUGUAUGGAAGAGAGGUGUACGUGUCACCACCACCACCACCUGUAGCCCGAUAUCCACCUCCUCCACUGUUGGCUCCGUCAAGUCUAGAAUUGGAUAUGUAUAGACGGGACAGAGUGAUUGAAGAUCACGGAUAUAGCAGACGAUCGGAUUUGGAGAUUGCUAGGCAUGAAUCCUACUUGCCAUACAGCAGGCAGGAAGUAGUAUUUCCUAUGUAUCAUCAUCAUCUUCAAUAUUCUGCAGUCAAUGAACCAAGAAAUCAUCGUCUUCCUCUGCCAAAUCCUCAUCCUCCUCCUCCAGCCAGACAAUCUUACGAGGAAGAAUACCGUGGUGUUUAUCGUGGUGGUGGUGGUGGUGCUGCUGCUGUUGCAUUCCCAUCUGAUGAUUACCGUCAUCGUCAUCAUCAUCCUGUGGCACUAUCAUCUGAGUAUGGUCGUCACAGACAUCUUUAUAGACUUUAAUUUGGGUUUGAUGGGGAAUAAAGUUGUUAGAUCUUCCAAAUAUAGGUCAACCAAGAUUGGUAUAACUUUGCAUGGGUACUUUGUCUUGUCCUUCCUUCUUCCCCUUCAUUGGAAUUCCCAUACAAUGCGGGUUCAGUAGUUAGUGCCCAAGUGAAUGUUGCAUGGAUUUGGAACUUUUCAGAAAACUUUUGUUAUGUCAUAACCAGUCUCUGUUUGAUCUUUUGACA